AGCUUUCUGGAAGAGCAGCAGCCAUGGCUCCACCCUGGGUGCCCGCCGUGGGCUUCACACUGCUGCCCAGCCUGGGGGGCUUUGCUGGCUCCUACUUUGUGCGCGGGGAGGGCCUCCGCUGGCACGCCACCCUGCAGAAGCCCUCGUGGCACCCGCCCCGCUGGGCACUGGCUCCCGUCUGGGGCACCCUCUACUCAGCCAUGGGGUACGGCUCCUACAUGGUCUGGAAAGAGCUGGGGGGCUUCACAGAUGAGGCUGUGGUCCCCCUGGGCCUCUACGCUGGGCAGCUGGCCCUGAACUGGGCAUGGCCCCCCAUCUUCUUUGGUGCCCGACAAAUGGGUUGGGCCCUGGUGGACCUCCUGCUCAUCAGUGGGGCGGCGACAGCCACCACAGUGGCCUGGCACCGGGUGAGCCCGCCCGCCGCCCGCCUGCUCUACCCCUACCUGGCCUGGCUGGCCUUCGCAACCACACUCAACUACUGCGUGUGGAGGGACAACCAGGGCCGCCGCGGUGGCGGGCGGCUCCAGGAGUGAGGCGCCAGCCUGCCGAGGACUGCCCCGCUGCCCGUCAGGUGCCCCUGGUGGCGUGGCCACGACAUGGGCCUGCUGGUCUGUCCGGGUCUCGGCCUAGGGGUCACCAGUGGCUCUGGGGGUGGUCCAAGCCCAGCCACCUCCGGGGCAGUGUCCUGCGCUUUCCACUGCGCCCUCAGAGCACAGGGCUUGACAAGCCAAGUAAAGUUCUUAACCUUCCA